AUGUCACUACCAAAUUCCAGAAGUCUAGCAUUAAAAGAAAUUAUUAAAGAUCUCCAAAAAAAUAGCUCAACAAAUAGCGAAGUAGAAAAAGAAAAUUUAUUACCAGUAAGCCCAACCGACCAGAAAGAACCGAUAGAAAAUCAAGUUGUACCUUCUACUUCAAAAAGAAACAUACCUUUAAAUGAACGUGCUUAUAAUGUACACCAAAGUUUACGUGAUAAAGGAUCGUCCUACUCUUCCGAUCAAAAGUCUGAUCAAGAUUUUUCGCCUGCUUCCGAUGAUGAUAGGGAGUAUAUACCCCCAUCUAUAGCUGACAAAAAGGAAAAGCUCGAAGAAGAACACAGAAUUCAUUUACAAGAAAAAGAAAAAAGCCGAGUAGAAAAAUUGAAAGAUAAGGAAGCCGUAAGCGAAAAAAACAUAGUAGCCUGUUACGAUUUACAAGCUGUUCUACAAGUACCUAAAGGCAAAGGAAACUUAAAAGUAAAGAUCACCAAUAAAAUAAAAUUUUCACUAGACAAUGACAUUCAAAGGCCGUUAUAG